GCCUCUCAAGCAUUCGGCCUGCCGCGUCGCGCCGUCCUCCUCUCCGUCCUUUCCUCGCUCCCUUCCUUCCUUCCUUUCGCCGGGCGCGAUGGAGCCGGGGCGGCGGGCGGCUGCAGCCCUGCUGGCGCUGCUGUGCGCGGGCUGUGCGCUGCGCGCCGGGCGCGCCCAGUACGAGCGCUACAGCUUCCGCAGCUUCCCGCGGGACGAGCUGAUGCCGCUCGAGUCGGCCUACCGGCACGCGCUGGAUCAGUACAGCGGCGAGCACUGGGCCGAGAGCGUGGGUUACCUGGAGAUCAGCCUGAGGCUGCACCGCCUACUGCGCGACAGCGAGGCCUUCUGCCACCGCAACUGCAGCACGGGGCCCCAGCCCGAGCCCGCCGCGGGCCUCGCCCGCUACGCGGAGCUGCGCCUCUUCGGGGGCCUGCUGCGCCGCGCGCACUGCCUCAAGCGCUGCAAGCAGGGCCUGCCAGCCUUCCGCCAGUCGCAGCCCAGCCGCGAGGUGCUGGCGGACUUCCAGCGCCGGGAGCCCUACAAGUUCCUGCAGUUCGCCUACUUCAAGGCCAAUAAUCUCCCAAAAGCCAUUGCAGCUGCUCACACCUUUCUGCUGAAGCAUCCCGAUGACGAAAUGAUGAAGAGAAACAUGGCAUAUUAUAAGAGCUUGCCUGGCGCCGAGGACUACAUAAAAGACUUGGAAACCAAGUCAUAUGAGAGUCUGUUCAUCCGAGCUGUGAGGGCGUACAAUGGCGAGAACUGGAGAACAUCCAUCACGGACAUGGAACUAGCCCUUCCUGACUUCUUCAAAGCCUUUUAUGAGUGUCUAGCAGCCUGUGAGGGUUCCAGGGAGAUCAAGGACUUCAAAGAUUUCUACCUUUCCAUAGCAGAUCAUUAUAUAGAAGUUCUGGAAUGCAAAAUACAGUGUGAAGACAACCUCACCCCAGUCAUAGGAGGCUAUCCAGUUGAGAAAUUUGUGGCUACCAUGUAUCAUUAUUUGCAAUUUGCUUAUUAUAAAUUGAACGACCUGAAGAAUGCGGCCCCUUGCGCGGUCAGCUACCUGCUCUUUGACCAGAACGACAAGGUCAUGCAGCAGAACCUGGUGUAUUACCAGUACCACAGGGACAAAUGGGGCCUCUCAGAUGAGCACUUCCAGCCCAGACCAGAAGCAGUUCAGUUCUUUAACGUGACUGCACUCCAGAAAGAGCUGUAUGACUUUGCUAAGGAAAAUCUAAUGGAUGACGAUGAGGGAGAGGUUGUGGAAUACGUGGAUGACCUUUUGGAACUGGAGGAGACUGGCUAGUCCACAGCAACCAAAGAGACUUCCUCUCAACAUUCAGGAAACAGAUUCUUUGUCCUCCUUUUCCCAAAAGCCUAGGUUGUUGAUACCUCAAAACCUUCCCUAUACUUUAUAAAGUAAAAGGGAAGCCCCAUCUCUCUCACUACAUGUAACCAGAAGUGAGCCUGCCUUCCUUGUGUUCACACCCGCCUUCCCUGUGUUCACACCUGUCUUCCCCAUCUUCACACCUAUCUUCCCAUCUUCACACCUGUCUUCCCCAUGUUCACAUCUGUCUUCCUACCUUCACACCUGUCUUCCCCAUGUUCAUGUCUUCUCCAUGUUCACACCUGUCUUCCCCAUGUUCACGCCUGUCUUCCCCAUGUUCACACCUGUCUUCCCCAUGUUCACACCUGUCUUCCCCAUGUUCAUAUCUUCUCCAUGUUCACACCUGUCUUCCCCAUGUUCAUGCCUGUCUCCUCCAUGUUCACGCAUGUCUUCUCCAUGUUCACAACUGUCUUCUCCAUGUUCACACCUGUCUUCCCCAUGUUCACGCCUGUCUUCUUCAUGUUCACAACUGUCUUCCCCAUGUUCAUGUCUUCUCCAUGUUCACACCUGUCUUCUCCAUGUUCACACCUGUCUUCCCCAUGUUCACACCUGUCUUCCCCAUGUUCAUGUCUUCUCCAUGUUCACACUUGUCUUCUCCAUGUUCACACCUGCCUUUCUUGCCAUUUUGGUUUGAAGACAGUUUGUUUGUUUUUCCCCAGAAAAAUCAGUAUUAUUUUUUAAAUAACAAAAGCACUCCUAAAAGAUGAUAAUUGUGAGAACCUACUUUGGCCUCUCUGCUCUUCUAGAGUUUAAUCUCCUUUCUCCCCAUUCAGGAAAGAUGGUCGAAGACAAAGGCUAAAAACUUCUUCAAGCCUCAUGAUGGUCUUCGCUUGGUCUGACCUGUACCAAUUCUGGCACCAAUUGAAAAACAAGUUGGGUAGAGGUGUACAGUACAGAAAUGUGGCUUUUGCUCAAUAAUUUUGCAUCUCCAAAAUCUUACAAUGGUUGGCUAAUCCCAUUUGAGAACAAUGCUCACUUAUAAGUCUCAGAAUUGGAAAUAGAAGAAAAGCAGAGGGUAUCUAGUUUCAUGCAUUCUUUUAAUACAUAUUUAUUGAGUUCCUACUCUGUGCUAGGCAUUGCACUGGAGAUUCUGCACAGAAUAACAGGAAAAAAAUCCCUGCUCUCACAGAACUUACAUUCUACAGGGAGACAAAAGCAACAAA